ACAUAAAAAUAAAUGAAAUCCAAUGCAUCGAAAAAGCCCGCGUCGAGCACCAAACUCACUUAAUUCCAUCCGACAUCCCCAUCGAGACACCCACACACCCCUCACAACUCUUACACCCCUCGGUUCGCACAGGCAUCAGACACACAACAUAUAAAAACAACCUACACAAACACAUCAAACCCGCGCCCCACGACAUAUACACAGACGGAAGCAAACAAGAGAACGGAGAAACUGGAGCAGCAUUCAUUGUCCACUCGCCUAACACACACUUAACCAUACACACAUCAAAAAUUAAACUCCACCCCACGAGUAGCAUUUUUCAAGCCGAACUCCUCGCUAUUAAAGAGGCAUGCAAAUGGGCAACUAAAAAUAAUACCAGCUGCAUCAUACAUUCGGACUCACGAUCGGCACUGACGGCAUUAGAACAAAUAUCCAAUACCCACCCAUUAGUUAGCAGCAUACACCGGAUAUUACACCAAAACAAGCACACACAGAUACAGUUCAAAUGGGUUCGAGCCCAUACCGGUAUUGUAGGUAACGAGAAAGCAGAUGCCGCUGCUAAAGCAGCUUCCAAAGCCCAUAAGGCCCCUAAUUUCAUUAGUUGCCCCUUAUCACAUAUAAAACACAUUGCACGAUUAAAAUCCUACACCACUUGGGAAAAGAGGUACUUGGAGGAGCCCACGGGGGCAAGAACCAG